AUGUGGCAUGUGAAGGAGAGGGCUGACUGUAGGUUGUAUUCAGGACCGCUUUCUUUAGAGGCUCAGAAGAUCCUACAGGCUCUUCAGGCCCAAAGGAGACAUGUAACCAGGCAAAACUCCAAACACAGUUAUCUCUUGAAAAAUGGGCGAUAUGGCAGGAAGUGGGAGUCCUUGUCUCAAAGCUACACAUGUCAAGAGCAGGAGAUGAAUUCCCAGUGCCAGUGGCAGAACUCUGUGAGGAUUGACUGUAAGACGGCUUCACAAACACUUGACUUGUGCCAGUCGUCCCAGGCCUCCUCAUGUUCCUCUUGCUCUGAAGAAAUGCCGUUUACCAUCAAAUUUCCUCCAGAGAGUCCUAAGGAAUCGUUCCCAUUCCCAAAGAUACCAAGUCAUAAAGACAAGACUGAAGGCCCAAUAUUUUCAUCCUGCGCUGAUGCAGACCUGACCACAGAAGAGGCCAUUGAUGCGAUGGAGGUGAAAGAAGUGGCAAAAAUGAAGGAAGUAGAUGCACCUGAUUGUUGCUCAGAUGAUGGAUUUGGGGACAAACAGUGCAAAUCCAUAGAUAUUGACAGUACUGACCAAGAUUUUAACAUAGGGCACAAGAAACAGCAGAUGGCUUCUGUAAACAACCAAAGUGAAACGUUGCAUUCAGAGGAUUCAGACUGUCCUGUGCCUGUGGGGAAUACUGUUCCAGAGGAUCAACAUCCAGAUCUGAUCAACCUCAAGGUUUCGUGCAAAGUCCAAAAGGACAAGGUGCAAGAAAGAACUACUGUGACCCACAUGAAGUCUUCCUCACCACAUUGCUUCAUUUCAUCUUCUAUGACACAAAAUGAAUGCUCCAACUUACGUCCUAAUAAUAAAGAACUCAGAAACCGAACCAAAUCCAAACCAGGAAGUCUGACAUCAAGUCUGACAUCUGACCCAAGAGUGAAAGAUGCUUCUAGAAUAAGCAAAGAUGCUAUGCACUCCAUUGUAAAAAAGGCACAGCAAUCAAAGGCUCUGGUGCUUACAAUGGUGUUCCGUGAUGGGACCACUCAACUGGAUCCAGAGCAGAAACAGACCCCGCCUGCAUGUGGCCUUCUCCUGCUGAUCAAGGCUGAUCUGGAUACUGUGCUGGAGACUUUAGGGCCAAACGACACUCUGGUGUACUUAAAACUAGAGUAUGCACCUGCCUGGGCCCAGCAGCCCACACACUACCUCCAGGAGGUGUUUAGAAGAGAUUUGCUGCUACAGGUGUUUUCAUCUUCUCAACUGGUGGUGUGCUAUAAAGCCAAGGAUGUGCUGCGUGUUCUUCUUCAGCUUUACAAAAAGCAGCUCACCUGGAAACAAGUUGAAGGCUGUCAAUUCCAGGAUCCCCAGCUGUCAGGCUGGCUCUUGGACCCUACAGAUCCAGCCACUUGUUUCCAGGAUCUUCUCAGUAAACACUGCCGAAAUCCCCACACAACACCCGUCUUGGGGAGCAAGAAGGUUUCACAAAUUAUUGCUGGUCUUUAUUCUCUCUACAAGUUGAACAGAGAGUUAUGUUCAAAACUUCAGAGUCAGGGGCUGUGGAAGCUUUACUCAGACAUGGAGUUGAAAAUGAUUCCAGUGCUUGCAGCCAUGGAAGUCUGCCACAUCCACGUUGACAAAGAGACUCUUAAAAGAACGUCUGACGUGCUGGGGACGAAGAUGAAACAGUUGGAGCAGGAGGCUCAAAAAGCAGCUGGACAGAUAUUCUUGCUCACAAGCAGCACUCAGCUACGAGCUGUUCUAUUUGAGAAACUACGUCUCCAUGAGCGAUGUGAAAACAAGAAGCUUCCUAAGACUUUCAGCAAACAGCACUCUACAUCAGAAGCUGCAUUAUCACAACUUCAGGAUCUUCACCCUCUUCCAAAAAUCAUUUUGGAGUAUCGGCAGAUCCACAAGAUCAAGUCCACGUUUGUUGAUGGGAUUCUUUCAUGCAUGACAACCAAGAACUACAUUUCCUCCACAUGGCACCAGACAAGUGUAGUGACAGGGAGAAUCUCAGCCAAACAUCCCAACUUCCAAGCUCUUCCAAGACAUCCUCUUCAAGUGACCAGGAAGUUGUACAUCGCAAGAAAACAUCCACAAAAUGUCCCUCCUGCAGGAAAGGAAGAGGAAGUUGUGACUGUCCAUCCUCGAGCCAUGUUCAUCCCUAAAGAGGGUUGGACCUUCCUCUCUGCGGACUUCUGCCAGGUGGAGCUCCGUCUGUUGGCUCACCUCUCCUCUGACCCUGAGCUGCUCCGCAUCUUUACCAACCCCGAGGCGGACGUCUUCAGUAUGCUCGCCUCACAAUGGAAAGGAGUAAGUGAGACAGAGGUGUCAUCAGAGGACCGUGAACAUGCCAAACGUAUUGUCUACUCUGUGGUGUAUGGUGCAGGUCCUGAGCGUCUGUCAGGGAUCCUUGGUGUGAGCACAGAGCAGGCUCGCCGAUUCCAGGACAGCUUUCUCCAGACAUAUGUGGAAGUGCAGAACUUUAUCCAAAAGACUGUUGCUGAGUGCCAGAAAAAAGGUUAUGUUCUCACUAUCAUGGGUCGACGCCGUAGUCUUCACAACAUUAACUCUUCUGAUUGGAGUCUUCGCAUGCAAGCUGAGAGACAAGCUGUCAACUUUGUGGUUCAAGGCUCGGCUGCAGAUCUUUGUAAGAUGGCCAUGAUUAGAAUCUUCAACCUACUCUCCACCUCCAGCUCUCUCUCUGCCAGGCUGAUUGCUCAGCUUCAUGAUGAGCUUUUGUAUGAAGUGGAGGACUCACAGGUAGAACAAUUUGCAGAUGUGGUGAAAAGCUUCAUGGAGUCUCUUGAGCAUAUGGAUAAACUUAACAUCCAUCUUAAAGUUCCCCUAAAGGUGGCGGUCUCCAGUGGGAAGUCUUGGGGAUCCAUGUCUGAGCUUAAUGUACCUCGGUCACACCCAUCUUUUAAAUAA